CCCGGCUCCGUCGCUGCAGGUCAUGUGACCGAGCGCCCCUGCGUCAUCCGCCGGCGCGCCAGGGACCCUCCGGAGUGUCUCGGUGGUGGCUUCGGCCGGGCCUUGCCCCGUUCCGGUACCCCCGAGGUGAGGCCGGUCCCGCCCCUGGACGCACCGAGCUACCGGUGCAUCACCUCGCGGCCUCCGCUCCGUGGGGCCGGGCUGCGGCCUUCCCCCGCCUCGGCCUGACGUCUGGUGUAGGGCGCAUCUCCUGCCCCAGCUGCGGGCUGCUCCCGGCCGAGAAAAAACCCAGGAGGCUGAUGCAUAAGAAACACUGAGUGUUCCCCCAGUUGAGACAUCUUGUAGUCCAUUGUUAACAGAACCAGCUUCUUCCAACUCUGAGGUACAGGGAGCUGCAAAAAUGACAAAAAAUGCUGCUACUUCCAGGCAUUUGGUUCCUCUUUUUGAUGAUAAUGCAAGUGAACAGUCAAAAUCUACCCAGAGAAAGAGAGUACUUCCAUCUUGGAUGCUGGAAAAAGACCUCCUGGUUGAGAGAAUUUCUGAGCCUGUACCGAAAGGAGGUAAUAGAAUGAAAAAAGGCCAAGGAUGGGGAGAAAGCAAUAUGGAGUCAUUAGAAUCAGAAGUAAAUGUGCAACAGAAAAAAAGAUCAGCUUCUGAAGAAACUAUAGAGGAUUUUGAAGGUGAAGAGGAAGAUCAAAAGAAAAGAAGCUGUCUUUCCAUCCCUGUUCCUUCAUCUCAGAAUACGUCUGGAUUUCCUCUUGAGAAUACCAUGAGAAACAUGGAAGGAAAUGGCAAGACUGGAACAAAAAACCAUGGAAGUUCUCUGGAAAAAAAUGAUAGGCAGCUGAAUAGUAAACGGUCCAAAAAAGUAGGUCAGAUCUCCAGUAAAGAAAAUAGAAUUGAGGAGACAGAAAACAAAGAGCCGAUUACUGGUUCUACAAGCCAACAAGCUCACUGGGGCAGGACUUCCCAAAAUUUUGAUGCCCAGGAAGGGAUUCUUGAGCCUGAUGCAAAUCUGGAUUAUGAGACUGAAAUCUCUGAUUCAACCAGAAGUGCAGAUGCUUCAGAAAGCUCCAGACAAAUCAAGCGUAAGAGGACACCUUGCAUGUAUGGAUCAGGCUGUUACAGGAAGAAUCCCAUUCACUUUCAGCAGUUCAGUCACCCUAAUGAUGAUGACUAUUAUGAAAUGGAGAUUAUAGCUCAGGAUAACAAUGAUAACCGACCUGAAUGUCCAUAUGGAACAGCUUGUUACAGGAAGAAUCCUCAGCACAAGCUAGAAUACAAGCACACUGCACCUCCAGUAACUGAAAGAGCAACCCGACAAAGAACUUCAAAAAAUAAAGAUGUUGUCAAAAGGUCUGAUACUGUUUUCCAGGUGCUGGAAGAAAAUCCAGUACGGAAAACUUUAAGUGAUCAGAUGGGAAAAAGGGCUGUGGAGAAAGAUAGUGCCAGCGAUGAUGAACCUAAUGAAUAUGACCUUGAUGACAGCUUUAUAGAUGAUGAGGAAGAGGAGUGUGACCCUACUGAUGAAGACUCUGACUGGGAGCCAAGUUCAGAAGACAAGGAUAAUGAAGAUGUUGAAACGCUUUUGCAAGAAGCACGUAGAUUUGUUAAGACCAAAAUGUAGCUGCACAGAACAACAUUAUGUGUCUGAUCUGGUUGUGUUAAAACGUGGAUGUGCAAGGACAGGAACUGCUUUGAAAACUGUUUUUUCCUCAGUGAUGUAGGCACUACAGAAAGAUUUUAAUGGGGGUGUGGGGAUUCAGCAAAGCCUUUCAUUUCCAUAUGUAUGAUUUUGUUAGGGUUUCUUUCAUUAAGUGGUGGAGCCAGAGGACUGAGCUCUGAAAGUUUUGUUUGUUUCUUUCCCCCUCAUCUAUUUCUUUUGCAACACCACUGGUGUCUUUUAGUUUGAAAGGUUGUUAAUGCUUCACCCUCCUAUACUUAAACAUUUGCAUUAGGAAAGCCUUUUGUUUUGCUGAAAUGCAAAACAUAUAUAUAAAUAUAUAUACACACACACUGUGUUGAAUGAAGAGGAGUUAUGCUUCACAUCUGCAGUAUUGCAGACCUGCUUGGCCAAUGCUGGGGAAUCUGUCUAAACCAUUUUCUUAAUGUUCUUUUAAACUGGUGCAGUCUUAAACUUCAUUAUUCUGCUCCUAGCUUUCCUUUUAGGUGUCAUUUAUUUAAUUCUCUUAAUGUACAGUAGUUAAGUACAGGUUGUUUAAAUUACUUGAGAACAGUAUCUCGGUGUAUCGAACCACUGUUGUCUCGACAGCAAUUAUGGUAUAUUUGUUCUCGUUACAGCAGUAUCAUUUGCCGUGCUUGUACAUCACUGGAAUUAUGUUCAAUUCCCAACAAAUCCAAAGUGUUGGUGACUGUAUUUUUGCACAAUUAAACUUGUAACAGUGUGGGAAAAA